AUGCGACUUGGCUCGUCUCGUCACCUCGUUAGUUUUAACUCCCCUUUGCUCCUCAUUUCUCUCCCAGCUUGAGAUAACAUCAUAAUGGCUGCUCCAUGUUGUCUCUCAGGCUUCCAAUGGGACGGCGCGCCCUCCGGCACCGAAGGCACGCUCGCAAACAACAAAGCAUACAUUGCGGGCUCCAAUUCUGGCGUUGCCAUCCUCGUCAUUGCGGAUCUCUUUGGAUGGACGUUUAUUAACGAAAGGCUCCUAUGCGAUCAUUAUGCAAAGGAAGCGGAUGCCACGGUGUACAUGCCUGACUUUUUCGGAGGUGAGGUCAUUCACUCGGAUAUCGUGCGCGACCCCUCUCGUUGGCACGAAAUCGACCUCAACGCCUGGCACGGCCGCAACUCGAAAGAAAUUCGCUGGCCCGAACUGUUUUCCUGCGCUCAGGCCCUGCGCUCAAAGUUUAAACGUGUCGGAGUUAUCGGGUACUGCUACGGCGGAUGGUCCUCGUUCCGCCUAGGCUCCUCCUCCCACAAUCCUCGCCUCGUCGACUGCAUCUCCGCCGCGCACCCAACGUGGCUUACCAAAGAAGAAAUCGACGAGAUCGGCGUGCCGGUGCAGAUCAUCGCGCCGGAGAUCGAUCCGGUGUUCGACGAGGAGUUGAAGCUGUAUGCGCAGGAGAAGAUUAUGAAGAAAGGAGUGCCGUUCGAUUAUCAGCAUUUUCCUGGCGUGGUGCACGGGUGUGUGACGAGGGGAAAUCCGGGGGAUGAGAAGGAGAGGAGGGCUAUGGUGAGGGCAAAAAGGGCGCAGGUGCAGUGGACGAGGGAGUGGCUGCAUGGGGAGGGGGAGUGGUAGAGUAUUUUAAGAGUACCCUCAUCAAAGAAGUUCCUGCGAUUAGAGCUAAGUAGAGCUAUGAUGGACCUCCCAUCUAGCAUUUCCGGGC